CCACCUGAUAUGAGGAAAUCAGCUGCGCUCGACGGCCAAACAACCAAAGAGAGAUGAAUGCAAUAAAUUUUGAAAUUAAAUUAAAAAACAGAGAAAAUAAAGUGUACUAUGAGAAUGACAUGCUGUUGGGCUGCGUUCAAUUUCAGUGUCCUCAGGAAACAGAAACUAAACACGAAGGCAUUUUCCUAACUCUCGAGGGGGUCGUCAACCUUCAGCUGAGUAGCAAAACUGUGGGUGUUUUCGAUGCCUUCUAUAACUCGGUGAAACCAAUCAAUUUGCUACAAUCCAGCCUAGAGUUGGCGGCGCCAGGCAAACUGAGUCCUGGACGUUCUGAGUUUCAUUUUGAGUUGCCUUUGGUUUGCCGUAAGGAGCCCAAGAUGCUAUAUGAAACAUAUCAUGGAGUCUUCAUUAGCAUCAACUAUCAACUCAGAUGUGAUGUGAAGAGGAAUUUUCUUGGCAAAUCUUUGCAGAAAAUUCAACAAUUUUGUGUGCAAUACAAGCCAAAAGAACUGAGUGAAAGUGAUAUCGAAGCCCGCAAAGCGGUGCCAUUUAGUUUGAGUCCCGAUUCGCUGCAGAAGAAUGUCGCAUCGACGGCUAAGGAGCGUCUGUCCAUGCCCCGAUUCCUUAUAACAGGCAGUAUAGAUCGACUCGAAUCUUGUGUUACCGAACCACUAACAGGACACAUAAUCGUCCAGCAUACAGAGGCGGCCAUCAAGUCCAUAGACCUUCAGCUGGUACGCGUGGAAACUUGUGGAUGCGACGAAGGAUAUUCCAAAGAUGCCACAGAAAUUCAAACAAUACAGAUAAGCGAUGGAAAUAUUAUGCCGAAAUUGGAAUUACCUAUAUAUAUGGUAUUACCUCGACUGUUCACAUGUCCCACUUUGAUAACAAAGAACUUUAAAAUUGAGUUUGAACUCAAUUUAAUUGUAGUUUUCAAAGAGGACUAUACUGUGAGUGAGAAUUUUAAAAUCACUCUGAAACGUUUGACUUCGAAUAUAAAUUGUUAAGUUUUUUAUUAAAUAAUUAUAAUAAUUAUUAUAUACACAAAAAUAUAGUUUAAUUACUAAACUAACUAA